GAUUAACGCAUACUGUAGCUUUGCCCUGACCUGCAAGGAGGAAGUUCCUUCCUGUCAAACGGAAAGUCUCUUUUGUCAGUCGAAACUGUCUGUACUGUACAUUCGGUUUGAGAAAUCUCUGUAUAUCUAUAUGAAGAAGCAGUUCCUAGCUCUGUCUGUUCACCUUGUAUUCUAUAUUAAAUGGUUCCUGAGAAGGUAUCUGUAUCCUCUACAUGACCUGUUUACACUGACAAGAAACUAGAAAAAGGAAGAGAAAAACGAGAGACUGUGAGUGGAUGACCUUUACUGCUGCUAUAAAGUUAGACCACCAUGACAGCGAGUACAGAAAACCAUCUUUGGUCCACUGAUGAUAUUCUCGGUCAAGGGGCGACUGCGAGUGUCUACAAAGCCCGAACCAAAAAAACAAGUGAAGUGGUUGCAGUGAAGGUGUUCAACAUGGCCAGCUACAGCAGACCGUAUGAGGUACAGAUGAGGGAGUUUGAGAUGCUGCGGAGGCUGAAUCACGUCAACAUCGUCAAACUCUUCACCAUAGAGGAGAUGCAGGCAAACCCCAAACAGAAGGUUUUGGUAAUGGAGUAUUGUUCAGGAGGAAGUCUUUUGAAUCUGCUAGAGGAACCUGAAAACGCAUUUGGUCUGCCUGAAUCUGAAUUCCUUAUAGUGCUGCAGUGUGUAGUUCACGGGAUGAACCAUUUGCGCGAGAAUGGCGUGGUCCACCGAGACAUCAAGCCAGGCAACAUUAUGAGGCAGGUGGGGGAGGACGGAUGCUCAAUCUACAAACUCACAGACUUCGGCGCUGCUCGGGAACUGGAGGAUGACGAGAAGUUUGUGUCCAUCUAUGGCACAGAGGAGUACCUGCAUCCAGACAUGUAUGAGCGUGCAGUUCUGAGGAAGCCCCAGCAGAAGACCUACGGAGUGACAGUGGAUCUGUGGAGCAUUGGUGUUACUUUUUACCACGCCGCAAGCGGCAGCCUGCCUUUCAUACCAUACGGAGGACCACGUAGGAACAAACAGAUAAUGUAUAAGAUCACCACUGAAAAGCCAGAGGGGGCUAUUGCAGGGGUUCAGAAGGUAGAUAAUGGACCCAUAGAGUGGAGCUAUCAUCUGCCCCACUGCUGCCAGCUUUCAGAGGGGCUGAAAAUGCACCUGGUCCCAGUGCUGGCCAACAUCCUGGAGGCCAAUCAGGAGAAAUGCUGGGGGUUUGACCAGUUCUUCGCUGCUACCAUGGACAUCCUCCAACGUGUAAAAGUGCACAUCUUCUCACUUCAGCAAGCCACUGCCCACACCAUCUACAUCCACUUUUACAACACAGUUUCAGUCUUCUCUGACGAAGUCCAGGUUCAGACAGGGAUUGCAGCAGAAAUGCAGCAAUAUCAGUUCCAGGGUCACCCACUCAUCCUGGAGCCCAGCAUGAAAGUGAUCAACCUGCCGCCCACCUCUGCAGAUCGACCCAUCUUUCUGCUUAGCAGACGAGCCGAGAAAAUCGCAGCACUGCCUCCCAGAGAGCCCGAGACCCCGGUUUUACCCUCAAGGUUUGACGUCAUGGCCGACCACACUUUCUCAAAGACACUAGUUGGGGUGAUACACCAAUUUCUCCGGACAACGCAGCUCCUACACAAGCACAGAGACUUGAUUCUACAGGGAUUCUAUAGUCACAUUGAAAACGUUCGUACUGAAUGCAAUAACACGGCACACAAAAUCGCAAUGGUGAAUAUGAAGCUGCUGUCCUGCUUGAACACCGAAGAAACACUGGACGCAAUAAGCCAGAUUCCACUUGAUGUACCACUUUCCUCUGACAACAUGCAGAAACUCAGAUUGAUCCAUGAGAAACUGCCCAUAUAUGGCAGCGGCAUCAGAGAAAUCCAGAACAAACUGCAACAUCUGCAUGUAGACGUAGCCGAGCACUCCAAGACACUGACUCAGGAUAAAUGCAUACAGAAGAUGGAGGUGCUUCUUGAGAAGAUUGUGGCCGUACAUCGGCAGUAUCGCAAAGACAGACAAAUUGGCAAGCUCAACUACAAUGAUGAGCAGAUUCACAAGUUUGAAAAGAUUAACCUGUCAGCCCACAUCAAGAAGGUGAAGGCUUUGUUUCGAGAUGACUGCCUGCAGAGGUAUCAGGAGGUUUUGGCAGCAGUGGUGACAUGGAGCAGUGCAAUAUCUGACAUUCAGACAAAGUUAGAACACUUCAGCAGUUUCUUCUUACAGCUAAUUGGAGAUCUGCAGAUGUGUGAAGGACAGCAGACAAAGGUUUUGGACAGAGCGUUGGUCAUAGCACUUCAGAGACCAGCUGGAGCAGAGGCCAAUGAUGGAAUGAAGAAUCGAGACAAUAUGAUUCUUAGGAUGAAGAGGCUAAGGGAUGAGAUGGAAACGGUGGCUCGAGAGCUGCAAAAUAACAACCGUAUAAUAGAAAGUCUCAGAGCUUUCAACUCUACGCUGGUGCUCGAGCCUAGUUUACCACAACCAAAAUCAUGAGGAUCCUAAAGAGCUCCAUCUAGCGUCUGAGGUAAACAGCCCACAGUCACAGCCAGGUAUGGCCUGGAAAAGGGGAAUGAGCUUGGGAAUGAAGAAACAGGUAUACAAGAAAUACAAGAUUUUUUUUAAAGACUUCUUUUAACCUGUUGUGAAACUGAUUAUGGGCCGCUGGCUCUCUGUAGCCGCUCGCAUCAAGUUCUUGAUGCUGAUGAGUAACCAAGAAUCGUUGCCUAAUUACCUGCCUGUGUUCCACUGCGGUUUGCACAGUCUGUGAGUGGAAAAUCACUGGUGAUACCACCACUGUGUUGUACCAAGUCUAAGCCCAGAUUCUUGUCACUCUUAGUUCCACGAAGGAAAAAUGAACUGCUGAAGAUUCUUCUCACUGCGGAUUCAUCCACAACCUACAAGAAACACUUAACCGUUGAUAUAUGUGUAUUUGUGCAUAUGUCUGUCCAGUCUUCUGGUUUUUAUUAGUAUUAUUAUUAUUAUUACUAGUAAUAGAAGUAGCAGUAGUAGUCAUAUUACUAUUAGUAUUAUUAGUAUUAACUAAUUAUAUCAUGUCAUGUUUCAAACAACCAACAACAAAUCAUUAAGAGAAAAUGCUGAGCCUGUUUCACUUGUAAAUACAUCACGUUACAGAAAUAACGCCAUUAUCAUUUCUGUUUCACAUCUUAUGUUUAUAUUAUUAUAUUUUUAUUAGUGUGUAUUCUUAAGUCUCACUUGAAGUUUGCUCGUUUGAAAGUGCUUUGCGAUUAAUGUUUGUAUACAAACCACAUACUACUGUGUUCUACUGAUUGUAGUUUCUUCUUACUGUUAGUGAGUAGGCACUUACGUCAGCUCCUAGAUGCUUGGAUUAAAUGUCCUUCUCUUGUAAAUAACUAAAAUAAAAGUGUCUAGCAAAUGAAUAAAUGUGAAUGUAAACCUAUAUGGCCUCAGAAAGUUUCACCACACCAGCACUUCUACUGAAUCAUCUAGACGUAAACUGUAUUAAAUAUUGAUGCCUCUGUUAA